AUGAGUGUCCAAUAUGACCUUCCAGAUCCUCCGACAGACGCCAUAUCGGCAGUCAAAUUCGCCCCAAAAUCUAGUCGCAUGCUUGUCUCUUCCUGGGACAAGUUCGUGUAUCUCUAUGAUACAGCUCCACCCAGUGGGCAGCUCCUGAGCAAAUUCGAACAUCGCGCACCAGUGCUAGACGUUUGCUUUGGAGAGAACGAGAAUGUUGCGUACACAGCUGGUGUAGACCACGCCUGUCGGAGGAUCGACCUCACGACGUCCGACCAAAAGCUUCUGUCUACUCAUGCCGCCGGCGUAAGAUCAGUAGCGUAUUCUCCUUCACACAACAUUCUCAUUUCCGCGUCAUGGGACUGCACUUUGCAUGUUCACCGUCUUACCGACACUUCACAAGAACCACUUAAGAUCAUGCUUCCGAAUAAACCUUUCUCCUUAUCCACCACGGCCACGAAGUUGGUUGUUGCUAUGUCUGCACGCACUGUGCACAUCUACGAGCUCUCUUCACUAGCAGCAAAUGACAAGCCGGAACCAUGGCAGCGUCGUGAAUCUUCUUUGAAGUUCAUGACGAGAGCAGUGUCUUGCAUGCCCACGGAUCUCGGCUACGCAUCAGGGUCAAUUGAAGGCAGGGUCGCAGUAGAGUGGUUCGAUCCAUCUACGGAAUCGCAGGCAAGGAAAUACGCAUUCAAGUGUCAUCGAUUAAAUCCACCAGAGGGAGAUGAAGGGGGUGAUAUUGUGUAUCCCGUCAAUGCUCUGGCUUUUCAUCCUACUCACGGCACCUUUGCUUCAGGCGGUGGGGACGGCAUUGUGGCAUUGUGGGAUGGACUCGCGAAGAGAAGGAUACGGCAGUAUCAGCGAUACUCUAGCAGUGUCGCAGCGCUUGGCUUUAGCGGUGAUGGGAAGUACCUUGCCAUAGCGACAUGUCCAGGCUUUGAAGAUGGGAAAGAAGCGGUUGGCGAGGGCGAAAUUAAAAUACACAUUAGAGGUUUGGCAGACGGAGAAGCUAAGGGCAAAGGCGCGAAGUAG